CGACACAUCACAAAGGAUGAAGAACGACUGGGAAACUUGCAAAACGCAAAUUUUUCAAGUGUUUUAUCAUACCUUUUGAAAGUAAGACGAACAUACAGCCAGGAAACAACACCGGUCCUUAAGAUGUCCUACUCAUCGCGACCCCUCCCUUCUCACUUGCAGCAAGCAUCAACUACUGGGAACUCUGCAUCGAGUGGACAAUCACCGAUACUACUCGCGCGGAUCAAUGAAAAGAAAGCAGAACUGGAAAACCUGAAGCAAUUGAGAGAUCUCAGUGCUGGCUUAGCAGGUCAGAUGCAGAUGCUGGAGGAGAAGUUGGCUACACUAUCAGACGGAACAGAAGCUGUGGCUACGGUAUUAGGAAACUGGCACAAUGUCCUUCGUGCGAUCAGCAUGGCUUCCAUGAAAAUCCCUAGGCCCAAGGAAGGAGAAGAUAAUACCACAGUCAACGUGGAGAAGAAGGCCGACUCGGAGCUCCCCCUCCCGCAAACGCUUGUGCGGAUACCAACAGAACAUGCACCGAUGCUCCAACAAUCAAGUUCCGGUGGAGGCAAUGGAGAGUCAUAAGCUACCCCACGAAGGCGGGAUGGACGAAAUAUAUGAAUGAUGAGAACGUUUGGUGCAUUGGGACGGCGUUGGCUAUGGAAAGGAAGUCCGCUUGGCUGGAACUACUGUUGAAGCAUCUCCCCUGCAUGUGAUACCCCUAGAUCCUGCAUGACAAGUGCCAAGCCAUGAAUUGCAGAAUUUGGACUGUUGAACGCUAAGUACAACAUGACACUCCCUCAAAAAUAAUGGUCAACUUUGCUUCUAUAAUUUUUGCUCGUCCGGUUGCUUUUUCUCCUAUAAUAUAUCUGCGCGUGACGCGGUCGCGAAAAGGUCGCGCUUGCCUUCUGCCGUUGCCAUGACAAUCUAGCCUGAAAACAUUGUUUCAACUAGCUCAAACCGCCCGCAUGGACAUCCUCGCAAUACCCACGAAACAAUCGAUAAGUG